AUGCAGGAGAUAAUUAAUAGAAUUAACAACUUGUCACUGGAAUCAAAUGAAGAGGAAGUUGGAGAACUAUUAAACGAAUUGAAAAAUUCUUUAAUUCAAAAUCCAGACGUCUCAAAAAGCAUUUUAAAUGCAAAUUUCAUCAAUUCUGUUGAAAAUUGGAUACAGUUGGAUAAUGUGACUCUUAUGUGUCAGGAUAUUUUGGAUAUAAGUUUAUCACAUUUCAAGAUAGCUGACAGCGACUCUUUUGGUAUAAUAGAGCUCCUAUUGAAAUCAUCACCACCAAUUCAAAGAAUAGCAAUUCGUAAACUUCAGACUGAUUGUCUAGCAAUAUCAGCGUUCGUUCCUAAAAGCACUGUUCUAUUGCUAAUUAAAUGCUUGAAUUCUGAACAUGUUAACAUUGGUCCAGCAACAAUAAAGCUGUUAGUUGAAUGUCUGCGAGAAGAUUUGCUCAAUGAUGCUGAUAUAAUUCAUCAAUUAUCACCGUCUUUGGAUACAACUAAAACAGAAGCAUUGUGUCGCAUUUAUGAAGUAUGUGUACGAAUUGGAAUCAAAAAUUUUACAAGCUUUGAAAAGGUGCAAUUUAUAAUUGACAAAUGUGUAAGUAACUUGACUUCUGGAUCAGAUGUACUUCUUCAAUUGAAUCUGCUGGAUAUACUUCAAAGUUUAUGUUUGAGAGAUUAUGGAUUAUCGUACCUUGAGAACAAAAAUGUAUUGCAAAACUUGUCGAGAAAAAUAGAGGAUAUCAAUGAAGAUCCAUUGAGUGGACUUCUUUUGCCAGGCUUAAUGAAGUUUUUUGGUGGAGUUGCUUCCUUAUAUCCUCAAAAAAUCUUUCAAAAUUAUUCUUCUCUUUUCGAUUUAUUAUUCAACUGCAUAUUAGAAGAUCAUCCCUCAUUGAUAUAUUCAGCACUAGAUACAUUGGGAUAUUUAAGUAAAUCUGAUGAAUGCAAAAAGUCGUUAGACAAUGAUUUCGGACACAAGUUUGUUCAAGUUGUAGAACAUGUUUAUCAAAAUAUUCCAAAUUAUCCUAACGAUGUUAAAGUAAGAGCUCUCUUAUGCUUGGAGCAAGUUUUUGCACCAGACGAUUAUGAGGAAAUGAUCAACAAUCAAAUCACUAGCAUCUGUGAGAAAUGGUGCAUUGGACUUUUUGGACCCUCAAAAGACUUUUCUACACUUUUAAACAUCUGCAAAACACCUUUUGAUGAUUUGUCUACAGCGGCUUUUAAACUUGUUAAAUCUCUUGCCAUUUAUUCUUUUGGACAGGAAGGAAUUGCCAAAACUGGCGGAUUUGUGGAGUAUUUAAUGAGUAGAAAAAGUGGAUCUACACUUGAACUUAAACAAAAAAAGUAUGAAGUGAUUGAGAUUCUUGCAAGAUCCUCAAUAUUCGAUGCAACAUUAAUUGCCCAAUUUCGUAAAUAUAUAAGAGAAGGAAUUAAUUUUGUUGAGCCAAUGAGUGAAGUUAGUCUUGAGUCUUCAUAA